AAGAGGCGACACACAGGCGUGUUUUCAAUGAAUUGGUAGUGCGCGUGCGCAAUGACGGGAGUCCUUGGCUAGACGGCCUGUUGUAGGUUACAGAUCCUGUGAGGGGACACAGACAAAAUGCAGAGCUGGACUCAGUUAUACCGCUGUCUGGCCACGCGCAACCACCACCUUCCCUGCAAACUGCAUGGAGCUGCAGCUCUGUCUGUCAGAACCUACGCUGACAAAGCAGCAAUUGAUGCAGACGUCACAGUGGUGGGCUCCGGUCCGGGUGGCUACGUUGCUGCCAUCAAAGCUGCACAGCUUGGCUUCAAGACUGUGUGUGUUGAGAAAAACACCACCCUGGGUGGGACGUGUCUGAAUGUUGGCUGCAUCCCCUCCAAGGCUCUGCUAAACAACUCCUACUUGUACCACAUGGCUCAUGGCAAAGACUUUGAAAGCAGAGGCAUUGAAAUUUCAGGCAUCUCGCUGAAUUUGGAGAAGAUGAUGGCUCAGAAGAGCGGGGCGGUCAAAGCUCUGACUGGAGGAAUCGCACAUCUGUUCAAACAGAAUAAAGUGACCCACGUCCAUGGUUUUGGAAGGGUGUCCGGUAAGAACCAGGUGACGGCCACAGCAGCAGAUGGCAGCGAGCAGGUCAUCAACACCAAGAACAUCCUUAUUGCCACUGGCUCCGAGGUCACGCCCUUCCCUGGGAUCCAGAUUGACGAGGACACCAUCGUGUCUUCAACAGGAGCUCUGUCUCUGAAGAAAGUUCCAGAGGAGAUGAUUGUGAUCGGAGCUGGAGUCAUCGGAGUGGAGCUGGGGUCAGUUUGGCAUCGUCUGGGCUCCAAAGUCACACUGGUGGAGUUCCUGGGCCAUGUGGGCGGCAUGGGAAUCGACAUGGAGAUGUCCAAAAACUUCCAGCGCAUCCUGCAGAAGCAGGGCCUUAAGUUCAAACUCAGCACCAAAGUCAUGGGAGCCACCAAGAGGCCUGAUGGCAAGAUCGAUGUGGCAGUGGAGGCAGCAGCCGGAGGGAAAAACGAGACUCUGACUUGUGACGUGCUGCUGGUUUGUAUCGGCAGACGACCUUUCACCCAGAACCUGGGUCUGGAGUCUGUGGGCAUCGAGCUGGACAACAGGGGCCGCAUUCCCAUCAACAACCGCUUCCAGACCAAAGUACCCAGUAUUUAUGCGAUCGGUGACGUGGUUGCCGGGCCGAUGUUGGCCCACAAGGCCGAGGACGAAGGCAUCAUCUGUGUUGAGGGCAUGGCUGGUGGCGCCGUGCACAUCGACUACAACUGUGUUCCCUCCGUCAUCUACACCCACCCUGAGGUGGCCUGGGUGGGCAAGACAGAGGAGCAGCUGAAAGAGGAGGGUGUCCCCUACAAAGUUGGAAAGUUUCCCUUCGCAGCCAACAGCCGAGCCAAAACCAACGCCGACACUGACGGUAUGGUCAAGAUCCUCAGCCACAAGGAGACGGACAGGAUGCUGGGAGCUCACAUUGUUGGAUCUGGGGCAGGAGAGAUGAUCAAUGAAGCUGCUUUGGCCAUGGAGUACGGCGCUUCCUGUGAGGACGUCGCCAGAGUCUGCCACGCCCAUCCUACGGUGUCGGAGGCCUUCAGGGAAGCAAACCUGGCCGCCUCCUUCGGAAAAGCCAUCAACUUUUAACCGACUGGCCGCUGCCGCACCUUCAGUGUACAUAAGAGAAGAAAAACAGCUCACUGUGUGUCUGCAUCAGGACCUUCAUACAACCUGCUGGGAUCCUCCGUGUGCAUCCAAACUGUACCACAUUUAGUUCUAAUGUUAUUUAAAUGUUCUCAAUAAAACAGUUAAGAUGACUGGGUGGCAAAAGCUGA